GCCGUGCAGUGGGAAUGAGUUUCAAAAAUUCCACCGAAGAGUGCAUCUGUGGUGCUUGACACAAGAAGAAAGUGCUGAAAAAUCGUUAAAAUCCCAGAAAAUACCCCAAAUAUCCCUACAUCUAUUUGUGCACGAGAAAGAGGAUAAGCCAGAGAACACAAUGUCAGAUGUACAAGUGCUCCUGGACAUGGGAUUCUCCAGAGAAAGAAUUGAGCGGGCUUUGGCGGUGACUAAUAAUAAAGGUGUGGAGCCUGCUAUGGAAUGGUUGCUGGCCCAUGCUGAUGAUGAGUUGCCAAAUGAAGUUGUGACAAGUCCUCCAACCGGCACAGCAGAAUCUGUUCCAGCAGAGCUCCCACAAUCCACUGAGCAAGGCAAGGUGGAUGAAGCUGAAGGCAAAACAGAGGGGAAUGACGAAACUGUGGCAAAAUCUAUCAAAUGUGACGAAUGUGGACGACAAUUCCGAUCAUCUGUGGAAGUUGAAUAUCAUGCAGUAAAAUCUGGACAUUCAAGCUUUUCCGAGUCCACGGAGGAAAAGAAACCCCUGACUGAGGAGGAAAAGAAGGCACAAUUGGCAGCACUUGAGGAGAAGCUGAAACAAAAGCGCCUGGAAAGGGAGGAAAAGGAGAAACUUGAGGCUUUGGAUAGGGAAAAGACACGUAUUCGAUCCGGCAAGGAUCUCCUAGAAGCACGUAGGAAGAUGGAGGAAAUUGAGAUGGCUAAGAUAAUUGAGACGCGCAAGAGGGAAAAAAUUGAGGAGAAAAUGGCCAAGGAGAGGGUUAGAGCACAAAUUGCAGCAGAUAAGGAAGCACGGAGAGCUAAAAUGGCAGGUGAAACUCCACCAAAUCCAAGUGCUCCUGUUGUUGAACAUGCCACACCAUCGUCAUCCACAUCGAUGGGAAACACUCCACCGAAGAAGUACUCCAGCACAAAGAUUCAAAUACGCCUGCCGGACGGAAGUUCUGUGGUGGAGACAUUUGAUGCCAAGGAGCAAUUAUCGGCUGUGCGAUUGUUUAUUCAACUCAAACAGGGCAUCGAAGUCCCUUUCCGCCUAAUGACAUCCUUCCCGCGAAAGGUUUUCGACGAGGAGGACUUUGAGAAGCCACUGGAAGUACUCGGUAAGUCUAUUUCCUUUUAUUUUUCAGAGUCUUAUGUAGGUCCUUGAAAUUUACGUUGAUACCUCCAGAUUUGAUAAAAAAAUAUGAAUCUUUUAAAAUGUUACAACUUUCAAAAACAUUAAAAAAAAAAUUGUGGAGCUAUCAUUCAGGCACUGAAGUCCAAAAAAAAAAAUAAUUUUACAAUUUAAAAAGUUGGCAAAGCGUCCCAGCUUUGCGGAGUGCUCGCACUCACGAGAAAUAGCUAUUCGUGUAUUAUCAUUUCGCAUGCUUUUUGGGUAGAUACCGCUUUAAUACCGAUUAAAAAUUAUUGAUAAAUUAAAAAAAA